AUGGUGGGUAGCGAGCAUCACCCAUGGAAGGACUUCCCCUUCGCAGGUCUCGUCACUUUGAUCGGAGCUUUGUUAGCACUGCUCGUCGAUGUUUCUGCGACUUCUCACGUCCAUGGCAACAAACAGAGUAAUUACACGCUGAUUGGUACACAAGAAGUAGAGCUAUCUCUUGAUUCUUCUUCUUUGUCGAAGAAUUCGAAAUCAAAAUCAAAAUCAAAAUCGAAAUCGAGGGUAGAGCCCCAAAUUGAGAUUGGGGUAGUGGUACAGGUUUUGGAGAUUGGGAUUAUAUUUCACUCUGUGAUUAUUGGAGUUACUAUCGGGAUGUCUCAGAAUCAAUGCACCAUUAGACCUCUUGUUGCUGCACUGGCGUUCCACCAGAUCAUCGAAGGGAUGGGACUCGGCGGUUGCAUUGCACAGGAGCUCUCAGUCUCUCGCUCUCACGGUUGCAAUCUCUCACUCUCCCUUCAAUUUGUUUAUUAG